AUGGCCGACUCUCAAGUUACCCUGCGCACGCGCAAGUUCAUCCGCAACCCUCUUCUCGGACGCCGUCAGAUGGUCGUCGACGUCCUCCACCCCAACCGCGCAAACGUUUCCAAGGACGAGCUCCGUGGCAAGCUUGGUGAGCUGUACAAGGCCAAGAAGGAAGAUGUCUCCGUCUUCGGUUUCAAGACACACUUUGGUGGUGGCAAGAGCACCGGCUUCGCUCUCAUCUACGACAGUGCCGAGGCCAUGAAGAAGUUCGAGCCCCGCUACAGGCUAGUACGAUACGGCAUGGCCACCAAGGUCGAGAAGGCCAGCAGGCAGCAGCGCAAGCAACGCAAGAACAGGAUGAAGACUUUCCGAGGCACAGCCAAGGCCAAGGGUGGCGCGAAG